UAAAUUAAUUGGUUUACGUAAAAGAUAUAGCGUUUACAAAUGACGGUAUAUAUACUGGAAUUUUUUUUUUACUAGUAAUAGCGGCGAUUAGUGACUUAUAGCAGGACUGCGGCGGGCAUUCUGACACUGGGGGGAACUGACUUGGUGUCACUGACAUCCCCAGUGACACCAAUACAGUGAUCAGUGCUAAUAAAAAGCACUGACACUGUACUAAUGGCACUGGGAAGGAAGGGGUUUACAUGUGGGGCUAUCAAAGGGUUAACAGUGUGCUGUGUGCUUGUGCUUCACUGUAAGUACACUGCUUUGCAUGGCUGCGCUGUGCAGGAGCUGACAGAGGAGAGAACUGUUUUGUUUACUAACAGUUUCUCUCCCCCCCGUCGGAGAUGCUCGGCA